UGAUGUUUUCAUGCUCAGGAAAAACAACAAAUUUUCACUUCCCUCCUCAUUGGAAAUAAAAGACUCUCCCUCAGUCUGUCUUUCGCACAGACAGAGCAACCGAAAUGGACACGGUCAUUUCCCUCCUUGUUCUUUCAGCACUACCCCAGCUUGUAGUACCUGAUGCUCCCUCUGUGACCUCAUUCAGAGCUGUAACUGAGAUGGUGUCAGGGGAUUCAAGGAUCUUCUCUGGGGAGAGUAUCCAGCUGAAAUGCAACAUUCCUGACACCCACAAUUCCUCCUGGGAAUACCGGUGGUUCAGGGGAUCUGAGCAGCUCUCAUAUUUUGGAAAGAACCUCAUUCUGUGGAAAUCCAGAGUUAAAGACAGUGGGAAAUAUUACUGCCAGGGAGUGAGGGACACAGUGGUGGGAAAAAUUCGCACCCUACAAAGUCUGCCUAUAGAGAUCAACGUUGAUGGAGGGUGGGCUAUCCUAAAAGUCCCCCUUCAUCCCGGCCUUGUUGGACACACCUUAAGUGUGACAUGUCGCGUCCGAGUUGGAACCCAACUUCAUGAGGUGAUUCUGUACAAAGAUGGCGUUGAAGUUAUGAGACAAAAUGGCCUCAACCCACAUUUCUACCUGACCAGGCUGACCCUCUGGGACCAAGGAAUGUAUUCUUGUAGAGCCUCCUGGGACACAGACAGACGUACACACUCUGUGAUUUCAGCUGCCACACCAGUGCAGGUCUUAGAGGUUCUGUCACAGCCAAUUUUGGAGAUUGUUUCAGACAAAAACCUGGUUCCAGUAAAUUUGAUGAAGCUCAUUUGCCACCUCCAAUACAACGCCCCUGCUCCUGCCCCUCCAUUAAACUACUAUUUCUACAAGAAUAACAACCGACUAGGAACAGCAACCUCUGAGAACUAUGAUCUGGUCAAACGGACUCCAGGCCAGUACCGCUGCAGGGCAAAGGUGCCCGAGUUAGACAUCUUCAGGUGGAGUGAGCCCACAAUCUUUGGACAAGUGACAGGACCACAGGUGAUGAUGCCUCCAAUUCUUCGUUCCAGAGACCAGUUGUCUUUAGCGCCUCCAAUCUUACUCCCAGACCUCUCCCAGCGUCUUGCAGCUGAACCAACAGCAGCCCAGCCCUCCCCUCAUCAAUCCACUGAAACUCCUACUUUUAUUGAGCCUACUCAAAUGAGCAUCCAAUCUAAUCCAGGUCCUCCGCUGAAGCCUUCACAGUUAGCACCAAGCACUCUGCUAUCUACAGUCCAGUCUCUCUACCAAACUGCUAUCCCAAACUCUUACAAUACAUUGGGUGAUACGUCUGGAGAAUCUGGGGACAUGCACGAGGAAUCUGGUGACAUGGCUAAUGACUCUCCAGACACUUUACUAUGGUAACAAGUUCAUACAUUACAGACCAUUGCAGAAAUUAAUAAUCCUAAAUCAGAGUAAUAACAUGCAAUUGUCACAUCUUCAGCAAACUGAUAUCAUAUACUUAUGCCAGUGCACACUUAAUUGUGUAAUAUUCAUGUUACAGAUUACCAAUCAUCAGCUCCAUGAUCUCAUCCGUACUAAAAUAACUGGAUCAGUAGUGUUAGUGAUAAUAACUAAUGUCAUACUGUGUAAAGCAAAUAAAGCAUUCCAUAAAUGAUA